AUGCUUAUUGGAAUUUGUGGCAGCAUAUGUUCUGGCAAGAACACUGUGGCCCAGUACUUGGUGGAACAUCAUGGCUUCACUCAUGUCUUUGUCAAACCCCAACAAGGCGCGUUGUCAAAUACACAUCACAAACGGAGCUCAUCAUCCUCUACAUCCCUCAUCUUCUCCUCUCCAGAUGACCUCCUGGAACACGUAACUCAGCACUGGCGGGCCCGCUGGGUCGUCACGGAUGUGCUGUCCAAGGACAUCCUCGACGCCUACUCGAAGCGGCCCUUCUUCCUGCUCAUCUCUGUCGACGCGCCUCUCCUCGUGCGGUGGAAACGCUACCAGCAGCGUCACCUCGAGACGCAGCACACCAGCAUCUUCACCAGCACAUCAUCAUCAGACAGGUCGCCACCGCCUGCCCAGACACUCGAGGCCUUCGCCGCCCUCUCAGACGCACAGCUCUACCACCCGCUGACAGGCCAAGCAACACACAUCUCCAGCGCGCCCGUCCGCCUCCUCAACACGUCGCGCGCCCUGGCCUCUCUCUACGUCAACCUAGGCAAGCUGGACCUCCUCAGCCCCGAGCGCCUCCGCCCGUCCUGGGACAGCUACUUCAUGUCCCUCGCCACGCUCGCCUCGCACCGCUCCAACUGCAUGAAGCGCCGCGUCGGCUGCGUCGUCGUCAGCCACAACCGCCGCGUUAUCUCCACCGGCUACAACGGCACCCCGCGCGGCAUCCGCAACUGCAGCGAGGGCGGCUGUCCGCGCUGCAAUUCGGGCCAGGGCUCGGGCCACGGCCUGGCCACUUGUCUGUGUAUUCAUGCCGAGGAGAACGCCCUGCUCGAGGCCGGCCGGGACCGCCUGCGCGAGGGCGCCGUGCUGUACUGCGAUACGUGCCCGUGUCUUACCUGCAGUAUCAAGAUUGCGCAGGUCGGCGUCAGCGAGGUCGUGUAUGCCCAGGGGUACAGUAUGGAUGGAGAGACGGCCGCCGUGUUUAGAGAGGCCGGCGUGAGGUUGAGACAGUUUGUACCGCCUGCAAAUGGUCUCAUCCAUCUUGAAAAGAUGGAAUUGAACAUCUAA